GGGCGGCGGGACUACAACUCCCAGCCUGCCCCGCGCCGCCGGGGCGGCAAUGGCGGCGGCGGCGCCUGCGCGGGGCUCCCUCCGUGCGGACCGCGCAGAGUGAAUAAUAAAGGUCUCCACGGCGGGAGCGGCGGCGGCGGCGGGAGGCGAUGUCCAAGGGCCCGCUGCCGGGCGGCCCCGCCGCGGCCGGGCCUGCGAACGCCGCCAGCGCGCUGCAGGCGCAGCCCGAGAAGCCGCAGCACUACACAUACCUGAAGGAGUUCCGCACGGAGCAGUGCCCUCUCUUCGUGCAGCACAAGUGCACUCAGCACCGGCCCUACACUUGCUUCCACUGGCACUUUGUCAACCAGCGUCGUCGCAGAUCUAUCCGCCGCCGGGAUGGUACAUUUAACUACAGCCCUGACAUUUACUGUACCAAGUAUGACGAGACCACAGGAAUCUGCCCAGAAGGAGAUGAAUGCCCCUUCUUGCACAGAACUACUGGAGACACAGAGAGGAGGUAUCACUUGCGCUACUACAAAACUGGAAUCUGCAUCCAUGAGACAGACUCCAAGGGAAACUGCACGAAGAACGGAGUCCACUGUGCUUUUGCUCAUGGGCCCCAUGAUCUACGCUCUCCGGUGUAUGACAUCAGGGAGCUUCAGGCCAUGGAGGCUUUGCAGAAUGGUCAGACUACAUCAGAAGGUGGCAUAGAGGGUCAGUCUGCAGUUGCUGCUAGCCAUGCUAUGAUAGAAAAAAUACUCAGCGAGGAGCCGAGGUGGCAAGAUACAACAUAUGUGUUGGGAAAUUACAAGACAGAGCAAUGUAAGAAACCCCCCCGCCUCUGUCGCCAGGGUUAUGCCUGUCCCUACUAUCACAAUAGCAAAGACAGAAGAAGAAGCCCAAGAAAACACAAAUACAGAUCCUCGCCGUGUCCCAGUGUGAAACAUGGAGAUGAGUGGGGAGAUCCUACCAAGUGUGAAAAUGGAGACUCGUGCCAAUACUGCCACACUCGCACAGAGCAGCAGUUCCAUCCAGAGAUCUACAAAUCCACCAAGUGCAAUGAUAUGCAGCAGUCUGGCAGCUGUCCCCGAGGACCCUUCUGUGCCUUUGCACAUGUAGAACAGCCUCCUCUCAAUGAAGAUUUACAGCAAUCCUCGGCUGUGUCUAGCCCUACACAGACAGGCCCUGUGAUGUAUAUGCCAUCAGCAGCUGGUGAUUCUGUUCCAGUCAGCCCUUCCAGCCCACAUGCUCCGGACCUUAGCAAUGUGUGGAGUAAAGCAGGAACUCUGCCAACUAGCCCCACCUCCACCACAAUUCUUUGUAGGAACAGCAGUCUCGGAAGCCCAUCUAAUAUAUGUGGGUCUCCUCCUGGCGCAAUUGGAAAGCCGCACAGCUUGGAGAGCAUUGGUUUUCCUCCUGAUUCAGUAACGGCAGCCGGCAGCUACAAGAAAGCACCGGGGUUUGAGCGAGAAGAUCAGGUGGGGGCCGAGUAUUUGAAGAGUUUCAAAUGCCAGCAAGCAAAAAUGAAGUCCCAUUCACUGGAACACAGGAGCCAGGAGCAACCUUUGUUACAACCCAAACAGGACAUACUGGGUAUUCUCCCAGUGGGGAGCCCGCUGACAUCCAGCAUCUCCUCCAGUAUCACCUCCAGCCUGGCUGCAACACCACCAAGCCCUGCUGGCACCAGCAGCAUACCAGGCAUGAAUGCCAAUGCCCUUCCUUUCUACCCAACCAGUGACACCGUUGAGUCCGUCAUAGAGUCUGCCUUGGAUGACCUGGACCUGAAUGAAUUCGGAGUGGCUGCCCUGGAGAAGACAUUUGACAGCAGCACAGUGCCCCACACGAGUGGCAUCAUGAUAGGUGGGAGUUUGCUGCAAAGUUCUGCUCCUGUAAAUAUCCCCGGCUCCCUUGGAAGCUCUGCCUCCUUUCACUCUGCCUCUCCUUCUCCACCGGUCAGCCUCUCAUCGCAUUUCCUCCAUCAGCCCCAGGGACACUUAAGCCAAUCAGAAAACACAUUCCUGGGGACAUCAGCUUCUCAUGGAUCAUUAGGUUUAAAUGGGAUGAACAGCAGCAUAUGGGAACACUUUGCUUCGGGGAGUUUUUCGCCCAGUACCUCACCUGCAUUUCUGUCAGGUCCAGGUGCUGCGGAGCUGGCACGACUACGACAAGAACUGGAUGAAGCCAACGGCACAAUAAAGCAGUGGGAAGAGUCUUGGAAACAAGCCAAGCAGGCUUGUGAUGCUUGGAAAAAGGAGGCAGAGGAAGCCAAUGAUCGCGCCAACACAGCUAACAUGGAAUGUGAACUGGCUCGGGAGCAGAGGGAAGCCUUGGAGCUGCAAGUGAAGAAACUGCAGGAGGAGCUGGAGAGGAUCCACACAGGCCAGGACCCUCAGUUUCUGCGCUCCUUCUCUGACCUGGAAACUCUCUCGCUCUCUUCACUUUACACCCUCCAAAAACAGUUGCGGGCAAACCUGGAGAAAGUGGAUAAGGCAGUAUUUCAGAUGCAGUCAGUGAAAUGCCUUAAGUGUCAGGAAGAGAACCGGGUGGUGUUACCGUGCCAACACGCAGUGCUGUGUGAAACGUGCGCCGAGGAGGGCGAGUGUCCCAUCUGCCAUCCCAACAGGCCCCAUUCUCUCCAGUCGUGACCUUCCAAGGACGCUUGUUCUAAUCAUAUCGUAUAGAACUUUUUAACUUUAUACAUACGUACAUAUAUAUGUAUGUGUACAUAUAUAUAUGUAUGUGUAGAUAUCUAUAUGUAUAUAUGUGUGUGUAUGUGCAUGUUUGUGUAUGUAUAUAUAUGCACACACACGCACAUACCCACAUAAAACAAAAAUUAGUUGCAGAGCACUUUUUAAUAUUUUACAACCCGUAUCUAAACUGCCCCUCACCCGUGCCCCACUAAUUCUAACUCUUGAGGAACUUUGAGAGCUGUUUUUAAUACAGAUCAAAGGGCCAUUUGCAAAGAGUCUGUGUUUCUCCUCUUUUCUAUUUAGGUAAUAACAAAUUUUUGACUAUUUCCAGAAGGAUUUAGAGUGGGCAAGAGGGGCUUCCACGUGCUUUCCAGAGGAAGAGUUGAGAUCAUGGGGAGGAUCGAGGUGGAUUGAAAUGACUUUUUUUCAUGUCUUCGGUCUUCCUGUUCUUUCACUGACCCAGCUUGGUUAAAGCCGUCCUCCCUGAUGGAAGCUCCGCCGGGUCCCUGCCUGGUGGGCCUCACAUUGCCGAUCUCUGAAUGUGCAGAAACUUUGUCUGUCAUUUAAAACAGCAAAGUUCGCUUUUUAAAAUUUUUUACACUCUUUGUAUAUUUAUAUGAAAAGAAAAAAAAAAGGAGAAAAAAUAUAUUGUACCUAGAGCAAGCCAGGCCCCCAAAAUCAGUGACUAGUAAUCAUUGCUGAUACAGCUAAUGCUGCAGGUUUCAGCAGCCUUAGAAGUAUUGCCCUUGUGCCAGCUAAAGCCCUUCAUGAAAGGAGUACGGAUGCACAAGUUAGUUCUCUCCAGGCGCCCCUUUGUGUGGUGGCUGUCUAGAGGAUUUUUAGCAUUUCAAACCAGAUUGAUUUUCAUUUUAGCCACGAAGACCUCUUUCAUAGUCACUGCUGAAACGCAUGAAACAAUUUCAGAUAGUCUAAGGACACUUUUUUUGAAUGGAGUGGAUGUUUCCUGUUCCAGCUUCUCAAGGAUGGAUUGUGGGCUUCUAAGUUCAGAAGCCAUCAAGCCAGGAAUCACGUCUGCCGGUGGUGACAGAAAAAGCCCAGCAUGGAACAAGCCGCUGAUAAAUCUAUCCCGCUUGAAAGUGGAGCUGGAGGAGAGUGUAGAUUCCUUGCCUUCUGCUCCUAGGUGGAGAUGCUUCUUCCUGCCCUUAGCAGCUCAUCACCGUGGCACAAAACACCACUGGUAUCACCACUUGAGCUGAUAAAUGCAGCCACCAUUCUUAGGUACAUAAGGAAGUGUCGUUGUUCAGAAACUCUGAAGCUAGUUAGUCUAACAGUGCCCUGUGGCCGUGCUUCCUGUGUUAGUUAUGAUCUUACAGAGCAAGGAGAUAGAAAGGAAAAGGACUCCAAUUUCAGGUAUUUGCUUAGAAUAACUCACCAACCAGUCUGUCUGUGUACCGGUGACUUAGUAGUAAUGUGGUAGCCUGUUGCAGACGGCUAGGUGCUCAGCUCCAGUGCUGUGUGCUGGCGGGGAUGCUAAACUCAUCGUGUUGGAGCAGAAAGAAACAUCUCCCGUCAGAGGAAUACACUUGGUUUUCCUCAAUGUAAGCAAGGUGUUGCUGCAGGGUUUUCCAGUCCUCUCCUUCCUCCUAUUUCAGACUCCUUUCCUGAGUACAUGACUUUCCACCACCCUUGCAUAGCUCUCACUGGCAUCUCUGCCCUGCUGAGGUUGUUUCUGGGGCUUUGUCCCCAUACGCCAUCAGCAGAGGAGCUCAGGGACUUUCUCCUUAUUAGGAUUCUCUUUGUAUCUGUCCACAGUGAAGUUAUUCUCUUGGCUCAUUUUAGAAAGGCAAAGAAAGAAAUCCCACAGACCAGUCCAAUACACACCACACUGUCCAGCGCAGCUCCUUUCUAGGGAAAAGAAAUGCCACCAGCUUAGACCUGUCCAGCAGCUGAGCUUCCUGUGACUUUCUUUACCAGCACGUACAUUAAUUUUUUACAUCGGGUGGAUUGCAGUAACCUGCUGGGAUCUCAACUAGAAGGCCACUCAGUUGAUUAAAUAUUUUUAUUUCGCACAGGGAUGUGUCCUGUGCUACCCCUCCCUGACCUGGAAAAGCACUGGAACCUCCAGCAGCCCACUGUUGUUGUAGGAACAACUGAAUUGUUACUGGAGCCUCUCAGAAAGCUUCAUAUUUUAAUGCAAAGACAUAAUUAGGUUUGCUUCCAUAAUUCCACCUUUCCUUCAUAUGGAAGGGGUUAAUAUGCAUUCCCAGAUGAUCUCUUAAGUGCAGCUCUGUGUAGUUCUUUUUUUAUGUUUUCCCAUUAACUCGUUCUUUUUUUUUUUUUUUUUUUUUUGGUAAAAAUGCUUUUUUUUUUUUCCAUGUGUAUUUUAUUGUAACUAGCAUCAGUUUUUUAAUUUUUUUUUUUAAUGGAGAGACACUGUUGGGUGAAUAUUGUGGCUAUGUUGUUUGGUUAUAGCCUUUGAAUGUCUGUGCCAUGGGGCAGCACAUCUGCCUUGGUCUGAUCUUAAGGAAAGACCUUUUAUUAAAAUAUGUGAACAUUUCUUUUUUUAGGGGAAAAAAAAAAAAGCGGGGGGAGGGAGGGUUAAAAGUUGCGGGAGAAAGAAAAAGCCCAAUGAAGAUAAAAGGAAAAAAAAAAUACUAAAGUUUUUGUAACUAACUUAAAUCAUAGGAAAUAAACUCUUGAAUCAGGUCUUUAAUAUUUAUAAGAGCCAGAGCUCAUCAGCCUGUUCUGGCUCUUGGUUUGUAAUGCUUACUUUUUGUUAGCGUGGUGGUUUCUCUGCUCUCCUGCCUCCUGGGGGCCUGUUCAGGAUGAUGCUGUCCUCGGACAGCCCUCUCUUUCCAGAACUAGCACCACCUGUGUGACUUCAGCUGAGUCCCAAGGGCUCUUCGCAUUGUCCCCUCUCUUCAGAUGAAACUUGUCCGCUGUUUGCAGCUCUGCCGCAGUGUGACUGCCAGUCGCAGUGUGAUGCGUGUCUCUAGGGUCCAGGGGGAAGAGACACUUGCCCCUCAUUUCUGUAGGGGCCCACUGCUUAGCCAGAGGGCUACAAGGACCAUUCUAGACCAGAGAAAGCAUUUUUAUUUUUUUUCCUUUGCAGUAAAACAGUUUAUCUGUUUUAAAACUUAUCCUAAAGGACCAAAGAAUUCAGAAUUUCCCUAGUUGCGGCCCUUAAAAUUUAACUUUCUCUUGCCAGGCUGCGCUCGUGGCAGAGCAGUGACAAGGAGUUAGCGCUGGCCCCGGGAUGUCGCAUCCCCUUCCCUCGCCACCGCCCCAGCCUGUCUCAGCACUCUUAGCACAAGCACGUAGACUGUUUCUCUUUCCCGUGGUGCUUCAAGAAACACUUCUUCAAUUUAGGUUUCUAUCGAUUUGUUUGCUGCUUUCCAAAUAAAGAAGUAUCUGAAAUGUGAAUUAUUUUCUUAGGCAGCAGCUGGGAAAGAGAAUUUCACUGUUGUGUAUUUUGUGAAUAUUUUGGGGGGCCAACAUUUCAUACCCGAGUGAGGUGAGAGCAGGGGGGAAAGGCAGCGUUUCUGACCCACUCCAGCAGUUGCUGCCGCCGGCCCCAGGCAGGCAGGAUUAACCACAAUCGCAGCACUGCCUUCAAGGCUUCAAGAGUCUGUGGUCAGCUUCUGCACAGUGUGAAAAGAGGCUUGUAAAAAUAAACCUGGUGCUAAUAUGUACGGCCCGUGUAACGUACUGUCGAGCUUCUUUCUGAAGCAGGAACUCCCAGUUACAGGACAAGCAGUAAUACAUCAGAACCGAGGCCACUUUAUUAAUUUUUUUUGGCUGUCGCGCUUCGAAGCGAAGCGUUGGUCCCCAAGUGGUCCCCGAGGCUUUUCGCUGAGCCGCCCCAGCCGGCUGCCACCGAGCAGCCCUGAGCACGGCCGCAUCCUGCCCCGUCACAGGCUCCUCGCUGGGCAAUGAUGUUUUUCUCCCUGAGUUUUUGGGAGCCUCGCAAGUGUUGACCUCGGUGACUAACUGCAGGUCAGACACUUCUCGGCUGAGAGCCGGGGAUAAGGAGUCUUUAACUGUCUUGUGGAACCGCAGUAUCUAAAGGUCAAUACGCUUUUUCUUUAUUAUAGAGAAACAAUAUAGAAGCAGAUGGCUUGAGACAACAAUAUCCUGGGUAGAUAGCUAUCAAAAGCAAGGAGCUAGCUGUAGAGGAUAGCCAAGAGCUGAAGAACAUUGGCGAGCAUCGCUUUAGGCUACCAGGACCACUUUCAGGUCCCCCCCGGCCUUUGAUGCCGUAGCCUGGUGCUGGCUGUGGCGGAGCCGUGUGGCGCAGGAGGGCCCGGGACGGGUGUUGGAGCUGGAGCUCCUUUUCCUUAAUUUGCCUUCCCCGGAAGGCAACUGCUGCAGCUGUCCCCAUACCGAAGGGUUUUAUACUUUCUGUACAUCUCUGAAGCUGAACCUGAGCCACUUGCAAGGCUUGUGCAGCUGAGACAAUGAAAAGAAUUCCUUACCGUGUGAGGAAGCCUUUAAUGCUGAAUGGACUCAGUAAUUCAUUGCUGUUCCACCAGCCUCCAAAUCUUCUCUCUCUCUCUCCUUUCCCCCCAUCUAAGAAGGAAGAAUAUUACCAGUGUUUUCCUCCAGAAUUACGAUAAUCCUUGGAGUGAUGGCCAACAGCAACGUAGAUGUUACUGCUGUAAAACCUAGUAUUUUCAAGGUGAAGUAUUCCUGCAAACUAGUGACUGCGUCGGAGAGAUUUCUGGGGCUUCCCCACUCCGUAGCUUCCAAUGUUAAAACAAAAUAAGUACAGUAUGCGUUUUAAAAAAAUAAUAAUACACACUGCAGUAUUUCUCGUGGCAAUUCUUGCCCAGUCUCUUCCUCGCUUUCCCCGGGAGGAAGGGCACUGGGCAGAAGCGCCCCAAGUCCGUGUAGAAGUUGGCAGAAUGGUGAUCGGUGGUGUGUAAAACGUGUUGUUGAUUCCAUGUAUAGAACUGUGAUUUCAGCUGUCGUUCUCUCGUACUCUGUAAAUAUGUGUUUUGGCUGUCGGAAA